GCGAGCUAUACAAGUGUUGUUGGGUUUUGCUCAAAUAGGUUCUUUGAGGCUCUGUAUUCACAGCACCUCUGUAUUGGUAUCGCCCAAAGGCUAUAAAUACCCCGCUGAACUGCCCUCUACCCGGUGCACUGUGUGCAGCUUCGGUUGCUAAGGAACCGCCGAACGCAGGUGGCAUAAAGAUGAUGUUGCCGUAGUGGGAGAGCUGGUCAGUCCGGCAGGUUGAGGUGUGGAGGGGACGCCACUAACCACGCCAGGAGUCUGACUGAUGUUUCCACGGCCCUCCGGAGAUCUCCUCGUCCUCUCCAUGUCUCUCCCUGGGUUGUAGCUACAAUUAUGGUGACGCUUAUCACGGAGCAGCUCCGUAAGCAGAGUCUGGAAGAGCCUUAUUACAAGGCUUUCUCAUUCAAUGUGAAUGUGUCGUUGCCUGCAGUGGGCUCCAGUCCCACUGUCUCAUGGAGUGCUUGCAGAUCAACACAAGAGACCAGCUCAGCUCAGCCAUCAUCCAGCGCUAAUCCUCCUGAGGAUUCCUGUGGACCAGACUCCCUGUGGCCAUCUUCCCAUUCUGGAGAACCCGUCCAGAGACCGGAGGUUUCCUUCACAGAUGAGGCUUUCCAAAGCUCACCCCCACCACCACCCCCAAAACGCCACUGCCGUUCCCUCUCUGUUCCAGAGGACCUGUCUCGGUGCCGCUCUACCUGGCAUCCUAGUGCGUCCAAAGUUUGGACCCCAGUCAAACGUGGCUGUCAGAGUGGAGGAGCGUCUAGUUCGGGCUCUGGAGCCAGCUCGUUGCCGCUCUGUGGUCCCAGUUCCUCCUUCACCUCUUCAUCCCUACACUCCUCUUCUAGCCCUACCUUCUUCAGCUUAGCACUGUCCUCUGACUCCCCGCUACCAUGGAGCUUCCCAUGGGACCCCUGUGACAAACUCAAAGGCUCCUGUUCUGCCUCUUUUGCUACUCCUUCCUCCUGCUCCUCUUCACCAGCCCCCCUGGUUUCUCACUCAGUGCUGCAGCGCCGCUUCUCACUCUCUCCCGUGCACAUUCAGGACGCCUCUGUGGUUCUUCUGCCCCCCCGGCCCUCCCCUGCUUCUGCUCUGAGAUAUGGCUGCUCUGCAAUGGAGCACCCGGCCCUGUCUCCAUCUCCCACUUCAGCCUGCAGCACACCUUCCUCCUCCCGGCGCGACCUGCACCCGGCACUGCCGCGAUGCCAUUCACAGCCCUGUGACAUGCGCAAACCUCGCUUGAAGAGGCGCCAUGACGCAGAUGUUCUGCCCUGCCCCAGGCCAGGCCUUGACUUCAGCAAGAUGACACAGAUUGGUAAUCACGAGAGCCUAGUGUGUGGUUCAGCUGGCUGCACAGUCCAAGUGUCUUCCCAGGCAGAGCAGCACUCGGCCUUCUCCCCUGCUGAAUUCCUGGGACGAGCCAGCAUUGGGCCACUAAGUGAAAGUGAAGAAGAGGAGGAGGAGGAGGAGGAGGAAGACGAAAGAAAAAGGACUGUAAUAGAUGGAGGACAAAAGAUUGUUUUUGAAAGAGACUGCACAGAACUGGACUUGAACCUUAUAGAAGAGAACUGACCAACCCUCGGUGCUCCCAGUGUGAUUACUGCAUUCAUAACCAUGUUAAGCACACCUGUAGGCUUCGUGCGCUCUUCUGGCAGAGUCCUUGGGAACCUGCUGCCCUCCUAAGGCACAUGUCCAGAGUUCAUAAUAAAGAACCAAGCAAUUAGAAGCUAAUAUCAAAUUACAAUGUUAUAGGGAAAAUGUGCAUGAGCAAAUGAGCUAGUUUUCAUGCACAGAGAAUUUUGGAUAAUAUUUCAUACUGAUACAAGUCUUAAUUUGCGCUAAUCAUUAGUACACAUCUUGAUAACCUUACAUAUCCUCAUCAAAGAACACUGUAUACUGGAGUAAGCAGAAUGUGCUUCAUAUUUCCUCAUAAGUGAUUUGAAUACACACUAAAAGGUUAAUAGUCUAAUGGGAUGGAGGGAAGCAAUCCUCAGUGCCACAUCCGCUGGUGGUGUAUUCUACUUUAGUAUUUGGGUCUCUGAAUUAGGAAGUGACUGUAAUGUGACAUAUGGAGCUGUUAAAGGUGGACGUAAUGAUGCCAUGUGUGGGUCAAAAUAAUGUUUGAGGAAGACAAACAAGAUAGAAAUGCGACUCUAUAUGUAAAUGCUCUCCUGUAUGUGAACGGGAUACAUUCCAGGAUUUCUCUGCAGUUCCUUAAAGGUACAAUGUGCAGUUCUCAAAGUCCUCGUUAUGAUGCUGGUGGCCGUUACGUGAACUGCAGUCGGCACCCUGUCGCUCGCGCUCUGUAGGCGAGAGCGUCAGACAAACCGGUGACGUGACUGAACGCUGAACGGUGGAAAAUAAAUUACAAUAGUUUACUUAUUUAAAAUAACAUCACUAUCUGUAAUGUUCUUAUCGAGCUGGCAACGUUACGAAGCAACCAACGUCAGAUCCACGCGGCUCACUUUAGGUUCGGUUACAGUUCGCUACUGGCUUCGGUUGCUUUGUAACAUUAGCUGAUGAAGUCAUUUGCAAACGUUAACUAUAAAGUUUACCAGCCAGCUCGGCCUCAGAAGUCUGGGUGAAUUAGCGGACGUUAUCCCCUUAAGAUAUUAUUUCUAUAUUAGACAAAACCACAACAAUUUAUUUCACGUGCUUUGCCGAAAUGUUUGCUUUGACGUUGGACUUUGUGUUCGACUUGGUUGUAGGGGGUGCCGGUCGUUUGUUGACGUUAGUGGAUUUCAUUUCUCGGCGAACGUCAGCAGCUCAGUAGUGCGAACACACGUCACAUCUUUUGGAUUUUCCCAGAAAAAAAAAAAACAGUCCUCAAUCCUUUUACACUGGAAUCAGUCCGCAGGCUGUCGCAGGCAACCAAGAAAGUCAGGGAAGGUCUAAUUUUGUUAAGUUGCGUUACGAUCCGAUUAAUGCAAAUUGCUUUACAUUUUAUAUAUCGCACCUUUACAUCCCCUCACGGACGCCUGUUCUGUCAUUGAUUUAGACUUUGGAGUCACUCAUCAUCAAAGGGAAGCUCUUCUCGUCCACCUUUUUUUUGUUCGUAUAUAUUUUCUUUUGGGCGUUUUCACAAUUGCUUGAACAUUAACACACCUUGUCAACAAUAACACUGAUGAUACUGUAAACUGACCAUGCCUUAAGCUUAAAACACAGAGUUCUUGGUGCUCUGGUCUUCUUUUCACAGCCAGACAGUUUUUGCAGUCUCCAUUUUUGCGCCGAUUCAGAUAUUUUUGAACAGGUGGCACAUGCACUAUAACGGUCGAUUGAAUAAGUGAAUCGAUGCUGCAGCUGGACUCCAUAGGGCACAAUGUAAUGUACUGUACAGCCGUUUAGAGAGAGUACACACGUCGAGCCAAUUCUGAGUGUAUGUGACAAAGGCGGUAGUGACGCAGAUGAUUUGGUGGCCUUUCAGAAAUGAUUUUUCAUGUGUUUUCAGAUAGAAAAUAUUCCUGUUGCACAAUUUAUGUACAAAUAAAAUUUAAUAGAGAAUGAUA